GCGCCUCAUGUAUCUGCGCACAGACGCCUGGGCUCCGCAGUCCAACGCUGUUCCUUUAGUAGAGCUGCGAGAUGCCCUGACCAAGCUCUCCGGCAAUGCUUACCUUGCCCAAUAUUUUGACCAAUACCUGAAGAUCAUCGAGGAGUCAACUGGGUUUGUAACCAGGCUUGAGAGCAGUAGUCGGAUGAUACAGAUAAACAUGAUCAAAGCCAUUCACAUUCUUACUUGUAAUGCAAUAGACAAAACCAUACGUCCUAUUGUUGCUACUGUUACAGAGGAGUCAACUGGUGGGAUGAUAGAGGUGAACAUGACCAAAGCUAUUCACAUCCUGACUUGUAAUGCCAUAGACAACAUUGUCGACCAGAGAUUUGGAGCUAAAGCAGCUCGCAUCUUUAGGCUGGUGAGAGCAAAGAAGUACAUGGAGCAGGACCAGAUUCAACAGUUAGCCAUGAUUCCAGACAAGGAGGCCAAACAUCUGACCUAUAAGUUGCUGCAGGAGAACUUCCUACAGAUGCAGGAGCUGAGAAAGCCCACAGUCAGCUCGGGUCCCAAUAAGACCUACUUUCUAUUCCCAUGUUUGACCUUAAUCAG